AUGAAUAGGGUGCGGUCAAAGAGUGCACACGACCUCCUCAACACUUAUGCUCGCCUGGUACUUUUGAGUACUAGGAGUACGAGGACGAACCUCAAGGAGUGCUCUCUAUAUAUGUAUAGGGCGCCGUCAAAGAGUGCACACGACCUCCUCAACGCUUAUGCACGCCUGUCCGCAGCGGAGCAGCGCGUGUCGCAGCGCGAGCGCGGCGCGCGCGAUGUGCAGCAGCAGGCAGGCGCGCACCGCCAGCGGCAGCGCGCGCGCGCACACCAGGUACAGCCGGUGCACGAGCACGCGGCAGUCCUGCCG